CCUCCACACCGCCGCGGGCCGAACUGUCAAGCGAUAACCCAGAAAAGCUCGUUCUUCCCCUCAGUCUGUAAACAUGGCGCCGUGAACCCGGGAGCCUCCGCCGACUCCGCUUCGCCGUUUUUUUGUCUUCCUCGAACAGUUAAAAUUCGGAAGGAAACGGACUCUCUCGAGCAGAACAAAAGCUACCAUGGAUUCAUUUCUUGGACUCUUUGAUCCCAACGACAACUGCCUGGAGGGGCAACUGCCUCCAGAGCCACAGCUGGGAAAUAUAGAAUACAAACUCAAGCUGUUGAACCCUUCUAGGGUCAGAUUUCAGCAUCUAGUCACCCAGCUGAAAUGGAGAUUGCGCGAAGGUGGAGGUGAAGCUAUCUAUGAAAUCGGUGUCGAGGAUUCUGGCCUCUUGGCAGGCCUCCCCUCAUACGAAAUGGAUACAAGCCUUAAAACUUUAUCCCUCAUGGCAGCUGAACUUGGUGCGACGACUACAAUCUUGAGAGAGAGGGAAGUGGCCUGCGGAAGAAAAGUGACAGAAGUAUUAGUCCGAAAGGUGCCAGCUGACCAGCAUACAAUAGAGGUCAGAGUUGCAGUUAUGGGUAGUGCUGAUGCUGGUAAGUCGACACUUGUAGGCGUUCUGACUCAGGGAGAACUUGACAACGGACGGGGUCGAGCUAGGCUUAAUACAUUCCGCCACCUACACGAGGUUCAGUCGGGUCGGACGAGUUCCAUCAGUCAUGCCACCCUUGGCUUCGACUCUCAGGGCAAGCUGCUAAACUGCUUCGAUCUCGAGUGUGGAGAAGAUAACCAUUGCACAAAACUCAUUUCUCUAUUAGAUUUAGCUGGACACAGAAAGUACCUGAGGACUACUGUUCAAGCCGUAAGUGGAUAUUGUCCGCACCAUGCCAUGUUGGUAGUCAGCAGCCAGGCGGGGGUUGUCGGGAUGACAAGGGAACAUGUAGCAAUUGCAGCUGCAUUGGAAGUACCUAUGUUUAUAGUUGUGACUAAAACGGAUCUUGGACACAGCAGAGACACAAUCGUCAAUGUCAAACAGAUGUUGACGAGUCCUGGCAUUAGAAAGGUUCCAAUCGUAAUAAAGACAGUCGAUGAUGUGAUCACAGCGAGUGCAAACCAACAACGUGAGAACGUUGUGCCAAUCUUCAGUGUUUCAAGUGUGACUGGCGAAGGCUUAGACCUGCUUCACAAGUUUCUGCACGUCCUGCCUCCAGGAAUCAGUACAAAAGAAAAAGAACGCCUUGACCAGGAGCUGCCAGAAUUUCAGAUUGAUGAGAUAUUCAGGGUAGCAGAUGUAGGCACUGUCGUUGGAGGCUUACUUACCAAGGGGAUCCUAAUGGAAGGCACUGAACUACUUGUUGGACCUCUGGACGAUGGAACAUUUUCACCGGUGAAGAUUCAGUCACUUCACAGAAAUAAGGCCCCAUGCCGGGCAGUUCAUUCGACUCAGAGCGCAUCUCUCGCACUUGAGCCACCUCCAAAAGCUUUAAGGAGUGGAAUGGUCCUGGUAAAGCCUGAAGAGGACCCAACCUCAUGUAUAUUCUUCCAGGCAACCGUAUGCCUGCUUUAUCACUCUACGAGCAUACACCCAGGGUUCCAGACGACGGUGCACAUUGGAAAUAUAAGGCAGACAGCCGUAAUUGAGGGGAUCAUGUCCCAGGCAAGCCUGCACACCAAUGACAAGGCUUCGAUUCUGUUCAGAUUCGUACGCCACCCUGAAUUUAUUCGGGUCGGCGCACGACUCCUCUUCAGAGAGGGGUUCACAAAGGGAAUCGGCCACGUCACGCAGGUCUUUCCUUAUAGCUCCAAACACAACACGGGCACAGGCUAAAACAAUCUCACAACACCCAUAAAAACAAUUGCAUACUACUAUUUUCAACUUUUAUCAAGUGUUUUUAUCUUGUAACUUUUUUAUGUAUAUGUUUGACUUUUUUUCUAAGAUUGUAAAUCGUAAUUCUUUUGUUCUUGUGAUAUAUAUUUUUUUAUCUUUCUUGAUUUUUGAGCAAGGAAAAAAUAGUCUAAUCCA